UUGAAGAUAUGACGAUGGUGGUGGAAAGUUUCUUACACGAAGAGCCGUCGUCGCCCUACGUACGAGUUUUUUAUGCGGCGUCGUUUCUGGCCUUCGUCGCUAUUGCCGUGUCGGAGUUCGCCGGCAACAAUCUCCAGUACGCCAAGUUAUUGAAAUCCGGCCGCCGGAAUCUGAUUCCGAGCAAAGUCGGGAUGCUGAUAUUCUACUUUCCGGCACUGGUUCUGUCGGUUUCUUCGUUCUGGCUGUUUCCCGGCGCCGGAAUUCGUUUUCUGCUCCUCAAAUCGGCUCUCACCAUUCAUUUGCUCAAAAGACUCUUCGAGGUUUUAUUCAUUCACAAAUUUAGCGGUGCUAUGGUUCUAAAUACUGCAAUUCUUGUCUCGAUUUCUUAUAUCAUAUUUUUCGGAGGUAUGAAUUAUUUUCAACACCGAAUUCAAAGAUUUCCGGAACCUUCAAUUGAUCUCAAAUAUGUUGGAGCUUUAUUGUUUGUGGUGGGAAACUACGGUAAUUUUUACCACCAUUAUCUUCUCUCUAAGCUUCGACGGGAGGGCGAAAAAGAAUACAAAAUUCCACAAGGCGGCCUAUUUAAUUUAGUUAUAUGUCCUCAUUAUUUCUGUGAAAUCUUAACUUUCAUCGGAAUUGCAUUUAUCGCACAAACAUUUUUUGCAGUAAUGGGGACUAUAGGAGAUAUUAUAUGUUUAUUUGGGAGGAGUUAUACCACUCGAAAAUGGUAUCUUUCCAAAUUUGAGGACUUUCCAAAUAAUGUAAAAGCUUUGAUUCCGUAUAUCUUUUAGAUGAUCGAACAAGGCAAUACGAUAUUAUGAUUCGUUGUCCUAAAGUAUUUUAUAUUAUGUAAUAGUGCAUCGAGAAUCUUUGCGAUAAUUGUAUUUUCAAAUA